AUGGCUCUGCAGCAUUCAGCUGAUCAUCAGUCAGAUCCAUCUACCCUUGAAACUAUGGCUCUACAAGAUCUGACUGAUCCACCAGAAGAUCGUCUGUCUGGUUCGUCUGAUCCUGGUCAAGAACCACUUUGUUUUGUGCCAACGUGUCUGCAGCAUUCAGCUGAUCAUCGGUCAGAUCCCUCUGUCCAUGAAACCAUGGCUCUACAAGAUCUGACUGAUCCUCCAGAAGAUCGUCUUUCUGGUUUGCCUGAUCCUGGUCAAGAACCGCUUGGUUUUGUACCAACAUGUCUGCAGGAUUCAGCUGAUCUUCUUCCAGGCCCGUCCGGUCUUGAGCCACUACCCCCAGAAUUUCCAGCUGCUUGCAAGCAUACACGAAUCAAGGAUCAAACCCAUUUCAGAGCAGCCUGUUUCGGCCGUCCAACUCCUGUACCAUUUGAUGAGAUUUAUGAAGUGGGACAUAAGCUUGGACAAGGAGACUUUGGCACUGUGUACGAGGGGACUUCAAAAAUUCAACGCAAGAAGGUUGCCAUCAAAAUCAUCCUCAAGUGUAAAAGAGACCGUUAUAUUGAACUACCUGGCUGUUCAAAGCCACUGUUUGCAGAAGUGGCUGCAAAUCUGCUGCUGAAACAGGCUCCAUUAAGCCCCUACAUUGUGUACAUGCUGGAAUGGUUUGAAGAGGAGGAUCGGUUCAUCCUCAUCCUGGAACAUCCGGAACCCUGCAAGGACUUGCUCAAAUUUGUGGUUAACAACAUGCAUUGGGCGAACGAAUUACAGACACGUAGCCUGAUGUAUCAAGCGGUGCUCGGGGCCAAGCACUGUCUUGACCAAGGUGUCUUUCACCGGGACAUUAAGUUGAAUAACUUUCUGAUCAACACGACGACUAACCGAGUCCAACUAAUAGACUUUGGCUGCAGUGACCUCGUCAAAAGUACAGCCUACUUGGGUGAUUUUAUAGGAGGAGUCUGCCCGCCUGAAUACUACAAGGGCUUAGGAUACAAGGCAGAGCCAACAACCGUCUGGUCUCUGGGUGUAAUGAUGUACACAAUGAUGUGCAAAUGUCGACCCUUUAGAAGUCCUGAAGACAUGAUGCAUGGCAGUCUGAGUUUUAACGUUAGAGUAUCCGCAGAAUUGCAGAAUUUGAUAAGUCGCUGCCUGACUGUUGACCCAACUAAGAGAGCGACUAUUGAGGAGAUCCUACAGCAUAAAUGGUUU